AUGUCUGGAAACCAGCAGUCGCUCUCCGGCUCGGCCACCAUGCCGCGUGGAUUCCACUACAACGCCGACGGCAUGUCGCCGCGAACUCCUGAGCCCAUGGCCAUGGCUGACGAAGUCAUGUUCCCGACCGCGCCGCGUCCGCGGCUACGCUUGAAGAGGCGCCAUGUAUCGCAAUUGACCGCGCCAACAGAGCAGUUCCUCGCGUCAGUCGCGGCUGCGGACGUCCCGAUUCCAAGCAUCGAGGAGCCGGAGAAUUUCGAACGCGACCAGGACAUGAAGGUUGACAUCCCCAAAGUACGCGUUCAGGACUUGGACGCUGGGGACAUCUACAGCCGAUUCCAAAUACCAAGACUGUCGCCACCAAAGACGCCUGCACCUGCCGAGAUCGCGCCAGCGUUGUUACCAGCUUUGCGAUUUCCCAACUGGUCGCUUGAGUCGACAUGGAGCAGUUCUGACCUCGAGUCGAGCCCGGACUACGAGUCUAGCCGGCCAUCAACCGCAUUUUCAACACAAACCAGCACUUCCCUUUUUAGCCACAUCUCGCAGCUCUCUGACGAUGAUGACUUGUUGAGCCCCGAGGAUGAUCAUUUCGAUCUAAGCUACGCCAAACCCGCCGCCCACGAACAAACUGUAAAGCGCCAGACUCGUCAGCAACGGAGACUGCCAUGGACGCCAGCCAUGAGCCAACAUCUGUGGUCGGUGUACACGCUCUACCUGCAGGAUCCCCGGGUAACCCCGAUCCGUCUCGGAAAGAGCAAUAUCCCUCCGCAUGGAGUCUGCUUGCGCGUUGCCAGAGAAGCCAAACGAAGCUGGCGAGGCACGAACUCGCUAAGCGGAGGCGUCAAGAGCCGGGAUCUCACACCAACAGCGAACGAGCCCAAACCAUUUGUACAAUGGCCCCAUUCGUCUGCUGCCACGCGUUCUCACUUGCGCGAACUAUGCAAGCGCAACGCGGCAGCCAAGUUCGGCCGCAACAGGUAUAUGUCGAGGAGCCCUACGCCCUUCCACAUGCAUCGCCCAGCAGCAGAACGCCGCCACCAACGAUCCAUCUCAGCCAGAUCUUCAUCUGUGUUCGCGGCGCACGACAUGGCCGUCUCCUUGGUUGUAAGCACGUCAGAUGCCAUGCAGCCCCAGGGGCCACUCGCCCAGCUCACAAUGUCCGAGCCUGAAUUCCUUCCCCCUCUCGAGAGAAAGACUCCCGUCGACGAGCCUACUGAGCCGUUCCCAGACCUAUCCCCCAUGCAUGAUCCUAGCCCCAUGGCUUCCUUGCCGUCGCCGAUCACGGGUGAAGAUGAACGUCUGCGCCUGGGUUCGCCAUUCACUUAUGGGCCGAGUUCGUCCUCAUCCUUAGCAGCUCAGAUCAACCCACGGGCGCGUUCAAGCACUGUUGGGGCGCGCAAACUGCUGAAGUCGCCCGUUCGCUUGACGAGAUCGCGAUCCGGCACGCAGAAGAGAAGGUCGACUCGAGCCGCCGAUGAUCAUCUUCAUCGCAAGCGACCGAGUCUUGCUACCGCAUUCGGCCGAGAGCUUUCGGAAGCUCUGGGCAUCUCACGGUCCAACGCCAGCCCACCACCUCCCGUGCCGACGGCUCUUCGCACCACUCCACAAUCUCCGGAGGUUAUAUCCAGCUCCAGCGCUGUGCUGCCGGACCCGUUCAUUAUUUCGCGCCCAGGCAUCGACCUGACGCAGCAGCCCGCGCGUCUGGGCUCGCCUUUCUCGGCAUCCGCCAACAGUCAGACGUUCCCUCACCGGCUCUCGGCACCGGUGCACUUCGAUAUGGGGGUGUUUCGGAGGCCAUUUGCUACGGUUCACCAGCCAAUUCAACCUGAACCUGGCACGCCAUCGAGGAGAGCCAGUCUGAUGUCUCGGCUCAGUCAUCUAGACCAACGGCUGCGCGACUUCCGUCAUCGUAGCACGGAACCGCGGAGAUCCCAGUCUCCCCCUUAA